GCUCAACCCUUUAGUUGACAAAGACAACCUCUUGCGAGUAGGGGGACGUCUCUCCUCAGCUGAUCUCACUGAGAACGAAAAGCACCCUCUUAUUUUCCCGUCCUCCAGUCAUAUCGCCACACUACUAGUAAGAUACUUUCAUGAACAAGUGUCUCAUCAGGGGAGACACAUAACUGAGGGAGCUAUCCGGGGUGCUGGGUUUUGGAUUGUUGGAGCGAAGCGCCUUGUAUCUUCGGUCAUUCAUAAGUGUGUUACAUGUCGAAAGUUGCGAGGAAAAAUGCAGGUUCAGAAAAUGGCAGAUUUGCCUGCUGACCGACUCAUUCCUGAACCACCUUUUACCUCUGUCGGUCUAGAUGUGUUUGGACCAUGGACAAUUGUGACUCGUCGAACAAGAGGUGGUUGCUCUCAAAGUAAACGUUGGGCUGUGUUGUUCACGUGCAUGUCAACCAGAGCCGUGCACAUCGAGCUGAUAGAGACUAUGUCUACUGAUAGUUUUAUAAAUGCACUGAGAAGGUUCUUCGCUAUUCGUGGCCCAGCCAAGAUGCUACGCUCGGACAGAGGCACAAACUUUACAGGGGCUUGUAAAGAGUUGGACCUGGAAAAAGAAAACUCAGGUGUAGGGAAGUACCUGCAAGGAAGAGGUUGCAGUUGGAUUUUCAACCCUCCCCAUGCGUCGCAUAUGGGAGGUUCGUGGGAGCGCCUCAUAGGGAUUGCCAGGCGCAUUCUGGACACAAUGUUGUCACAAACUGAAUCAACACGUCUCACUCAUGAAGUCUUAAGCACCUUUAUGGCUGAGGUGACGGCAAUUAUUAAUGGAAGGCCACUGGUUCCCAUCUCCACAGACCCUGAUUGUCCUGUAGUACUCACCCCAGCAAUGCUAAUUACACAGAAGGUGUGUGCUGUUUCUGCACCAUCUGGGAACUUCUCCACAGGACAGUUGUUUGGGAAACAGUGGAAACAUGUUCAGCACCUUGCUGAUACUUUUUGGAAAAGGUGGAAAGGACAAUAUUUGCCCACCUUGCAAAGUCGCUCAAAAUGGACUGAAAACAGACCCAAUGUUAGAGAAGGAGAUGUAGUCCUGCUGAAAGAUCCUGAGGCCAGCAGGAAUGAAUGGCCUAUGGGACUAAUAAUAAAAACCUUUCCCAGCAGGGACAUGAAGGUCCGCAAAGUGGAAGUGAAGGUUGUACAAAACGGGACUGUAAAGGUGUUCUUAAGACCAGUUUCUGAAGUUAUUGUUUUGCUUUCUGAAACUGAGUAAUUAUCAUUUGUUCCUCAACAUCCGAGUGUUGUUAUUUUUGUGUGUGACUAUGUUAUGAUGGUUGUUGUGAUAUAAUGUGAUUAUAUCAAGCGGGGAGUGUUCUGUCUUUUGUUAAGACAGUAAGAAAUUUAUACCAUGAAUAAAUUACAUAAAUAAGAUAUAAAAUAAGUUCAUAGUUAAAAAUUAGUUUGAAGAAAUCCAGGGUAAAAACCGUUAUAACAGUUUGUGGUUUACAUUUAAUCCGAGUGAGACAUCUCUUCUCUGUUAAAUGUGUUUGUUAUUUAUGUGAGGUAGUGAGUGCUCUCACUUUGACAAAAUCUUUGACGUAUUUUUUCUCUGGGAUAACGUGUUCAUGAAACUGCUCGUGUUGGAUUGUAGAUUUGUUCUUCGCGCUUCUGCUU